GGAUUUCGGCCGCCAAAUAAAACAAAUGCAAAACGGAACGAAGCCAUACAAAAACAGCAAAAGCCGAACACUGCUACUACAAUUCACUUAGGCGUCAACAUUCGCAGAUCUUAUCUACCCUUCCAAUACUUCAUAUUCAGAUUUCAGAGUGCCCCUUUUCUAAUUCCUAAGCAAAAUCAUGUUUUUGGUGAGACCCAUUUUCCGAGCACAACCUAGACCCUCUCUCUGGGCGUUGCACUAUUCCUCUUCUUCUUCUGCAGCUGCAAUUCAAGCUGAGAGAACCAUCAAAGAAGGACCCAGAAACGAUUGGAGCCGAGAGGAAAUCAAAUCCAUUUACGACUCUCCAGUUCUUGAUCUUCUCUUCCACGGGGCUCAGGUUCACAGACAUGCUCAUAACUUCAGGGAAGUGCAGCAGUGUACUCUUCUCUCUAUCAAAACGGGAGGCUGCAGUGAAGAUUGUUCCUAUUGUCCUCAAUCUUCCAAAUAUGAUACAGGAGUCAAAGGUCAACGCCUUAUGGACAAGGAAGCUGUUCUCCAAGCUGCCAAGAAGGCAAAAGAGGCUGGUAGCACUCGCUUUUGUAUGGGUGCUGCGUGGAGGGACACGCUAGGAAGAAAGACAAACUUCAACCAGAUCCUUGAAUAUGUAAAAGACAUAAGGGAUAUGGGGAUGGAGGUUUGUUGCACCCUUGGCAUGCUGGAGAAACAGCAGGCUGUUGAACUCAAGAAGGCGGGUCUCACUGCCUAUAACCACAAUCUUGACACUUCAAGGGAAUACUAUCCAAACAUCAUCACAACAAGGAGUUAUGAUGAGCGACUAAAAACCCUUGAGUUUGUUCGUGAUGCAGGGAUCAAUGUUUGUUCUGGAGGAAUUAUAGGGCUUGGAGAAGCAGAGGAGGACCGUGUAGGUUUGUUACAUACAUUGUCAACACUUCCAACCCAUCCAGAGAGUGUUCCUAUUAAUGCACUCGUUGCUGUAAAGGGAACCCCUCUACAGGAUCAGAAGCCUGUUGAAAUAUGGGAGAUGAUUCGCAUGAUAGCGACGGCGCGUAUCGUAAUGCCAAAAGCUAUGGUAAGGUUGUCAGCUGGCAGAGUUCGGUUCUCCAUGCCGGAGCAAGCAUUGUGCUUUCUUGCCGGUGCAAAUUCUAUAUUCACUGGUGAAAAGCUUCUCACUACACCCAACAACGAUUUUGAUGCUGAUCAACUCAUGUUCAAAGUUCUUGGGCUUCUACCAAAAGCUCCAAGUUUACAUGAAGGUGAAACUAUUGAGGCAGAGAAUUAUAAGGAAGCUGCUUCUAGUUGAGUUGAUAAACUUUUUAAAAAAAUGAUUGUAAUCUUUUAACUUUUAUAAUUGCUCCUUAUUACCACCGUUGAAUUCGCUUAUUCUCAGCUUUGAAGCCAUAAAUCCAAUAAUUAAACACAUACUGAAAAUAUUUAUUUU